GUAUUUUUACUUUUGCUUAUUGUUUGGUCCGGGUACGGAGAGGGUUUAGACAUUUAUCCAGUUGACACAUCCAAAGAGGGAGGCAGAAUGUUCUAUGGAAUAGGGGGGCUGAGCGGAGGGGGAGCUACAUCCAAAUUAUUGGUUAAUUAUCCUAAAGAACAGAGAGAUCAGAUUCUUGAUUAUUUAUUCAAGCCAGGAUUUGGAGCCUCCCUGCAUAUUCUGAAAGUUGAAAUUGGAGGUGAUGCACAGAGUACAGAUGGUACAGAGGCAUCUCAUAUGCAUUAUCCAUGGGAGGAAAACUAUGAGAGGGGCUAUGAAUGGUGGCUCAUGACAGAGGCUAAGAAGAGAAAUCCAGAUAUACAGUUGUAUUGUUUACCAUGGGCAUUUCCAGCCUGGGUUGGUGCUGGAAAAAGGAAUCCUUACAAUAAACCCGAGUUAACAGCUUCAUAUGUGGUGAAAUUUAUCCAGGGAGCCAGGAAAUACUAUAAUCUUACCAUGAAUUAUGUGGGGAUUUGGAAUGAAAGAAAUUACAAUGCAGAUUACAUCAAGGUAUUAAGGAAAACUCUAGACAGUGCCGGAUUUAAUAUGACCCGUAUUGUAGCCGCAGAUGGAUUGUGGGAACCUAUUUCACUCAAUAUUGUGGCAGAUUCUGCCCUAGCUAAAGCUGUAGAUAUCAUUGGUGUUCAUUAUCCUGGAACAAAGAACAGUGAGAUUGCAAUGAAGACAGGAAAGCCUCUGUGGUCAUCUGAAGAUUAUAGUACCUUCAAUGAUAAUGUUGGCGCAGGGUGCUGGGCAAGGAUAUUAAACCAGAAUUAUGUGAAUGGAUAUAUGACAAGUACAAUAUCGUGGAACUUAAUCACCAGUUAUUACGAGGCAUUACCUUACACCAGAAAUGGUUUGAUGACAGCUGACAGUCCAUGGAGUGGGUUCUACAGGGUGGAUGCUCCAAUAUGGAUGACAGCUCACACAAGUCAGUUUGUAUUUCCUGGAUGGAACUAUUUAGCACAUGAUUAUGGAGUGACUAAGUUAAAGAAUGGUGGUAGCAUGGUCUCAUUUGUCAGCUAUGACAGCACACAACUUACUAUUGUCAUAGAAACUAUGAGUCGCAAUCAUUCUAUAUGUGUACGGCCUUUUCUACCAGAGUAUAAUGUAUCUGCUCAAACUGUGAAGCUACAGAUGGCCGGAUAUUUUGGAACUUUGUUCAAGUUGAAUGUACGAUACAGCAAACUAGGCUUUGAUGGUGAAGAUUCUGUUUUGUUUAAAGAUUUGGGCUCAAUUCCAGUAAUCAAUGGCUCAGUUACAUUAAAUCUUGAUGUAGAUGAAGUUUAUACACUCACAACUCUGGUAGCAGGAAGUAAAGGAAACUACACCAAUGUCCCAGCACAGAAACCUUUCCCUUUACCUUACACAGAUAAUUUUGAAUCUACUGCAAUCUACAAGGAACCAUUUAAUUUCUCUCCCCAAGUCGGGACUUUUGAAGUUGUAAACACGACUGAUAUCUUCCAUAGCCAUGUGAUGCGUCAGAUGGUGAUUGAAAAUCCUAUUUAUUGGUGUUUGUUUAUUGAUUUGGUGUUCCCCAUGGGGCUCCUUGGAGAUUAUAGCUGGUCAGAUAUAUAUGUUGAGGCAGACACGAGGGUUGGGACAGUGAACGCCACUACUGGUGUAUUUAUAGCUGCUAGGAUUAACAAAGGAGGCUGUGAUUCUGUAGCUUCUGAGGGAAUCUUCUAUUUCUUGUUGCCAGCUGAAGGCACUCUUCUAGUCACCGGAGAUUUAGCAAGGACAAAGACGUUAUAUCAAGGGGCACACAGUUUGUCAGUUGACCCAUGGUAUAAACAAGGCCUUCUUAUUAAGGAUGGAUUUGCAGUUGGUACUCUGAAUGGUCAACAAGUAUUCAACAUUUCUGCUCCUGGCAGUCCAGCCCCUCAAAAUGGAUUUGUUGGACUUGGCACAGCUUCCUACGGCUUGGCCGACUUUGACAAUCUGAAAAUCAUGGAUAGCUCCGACGGUCUCAGAACUGUUUUGUCAGAUACAGAACAGUUCAAUAUACAAGCAAAUGAAGCAACAAAUCAGGAAAUUAUUGAUGUUAAAAACAUUCAAUAUAAUGUGAAAGAAAUUGAAUAUUUAGAAACUUCUAACAAACAUAAUGAUGAAGACACAUUGUAUUUCAAACCAUUCAAUAUUGAUGAACAGUAGCUUUACAUGUAGUGUAGAACAUAUUUUAAUUACAUUUGUAUACGUAAAUAGGAAAUCCUCUAUGUAUCCCAUUUUUUAACUUUAAAAAGCUGCAAUUGUGACACACUAGCAAAUGGGCUGGCCCAGUGAGGGGGUUAGGGGGUCAUAGCCUCCCCCUUGAAGUUUCGCAUGAAUAUAUAAGCGCACAUAGAUUUGGAUAUCAGCUUACAAUUUCUUUAGUAAAAAUCACUUGAAAACUAUUUAAAUGAGCAAAAUAUUGACUUGUAUUUCCCUGUGGAAAAACUAGUAAAAUAAUAAAAAUA